UGAUGCGGCUUUCGAUUCGUCAUCUCAACUCUCUUGUGGACCGCGUCAUUAGACUCGGCUCUGCACAACGAAUGGGAAAUGCGGCAUUGCCGUCCUUGCAACAUAUUGGACGGCUGUCGCUCCUACUCGAUCAGUUCACGGAAUUCAUUCGUCGGUUCCCGGUAUAGGACCUAGCAUGCACCUCGGUGUCUCGCAGUUGCUACGGCCCCGGGUUCUCGGCGACUGUUCUGUAUCUCUGGAAGCUCGACCCACAUGGUAUCUCAGAUUGGCACAUCAUCUCAACCGGCGGAUCAUCACUCAACACCUUGGUUUUCUGCCCGUCGCCAACGGAUUAUCUUGGGCGUCCUGCAAAGCUCGCUUUACUGGACAGCUAUCCCGGAUGAUUACUGGUCUUUGUUUGGUUUCAUGGCUCUCACCUCGUUUAAUCACCCUUUUCUUUUUUGUUUUUUCCACGCGGUUCCUAUAACAUUUCUUUCGUGCGUUUCCCCCUUCGGACAUGUCUGCCAGCUUGUGGGGAUGUAAAGCUUAAUCAAGGGGACGAACAUAUCUAAAUUGUAACGGAGAGGGUGUAAGUGAAGCUAGGCUGGUAGACGGAAGGGGCAAGUGGCGGGCGGCUGGGUUGGCGACGGACUUCUUGUAAGGGGCUGCUUCCGGGGGAGUGGAGAGAAGAUCUAGCUUGCUACCACUUGCGCUUGAGACGGGGAUGUGCUGGACUGUGAUGGUGGUUUACUUGCUGCUUUAGAAACAUAUACUCUCCUUCUCACCACUUGAUCAUGACAUGACUUUUCCUCGUCGCCCAACACCCGUCUUAAUCUUUAGGCUCGU